AUUAUGUGUAAAAGGCUAAGAUAUGGCUAGUACAUCUCCCACGACCUCCUAAACCCAGCUCACUUACGGCGUUGAUGGGCAAAUAGCCUUUUCCCCUGAAAAAUUGACUACGGAAUUCAUAAUAAAAUUAAGGUUGAAUGCAAAUGAAUGAAAUGGAGGUUGGGAGAGUAGAGUAAAGUAGUAUGGUUCUGCAAUUGAAUACCAAAAUUAACAAAAGCCCACGUCGCAUUGAAUAUCCCACCAAAUUAUGCAUCCCUAGUUACUUACUCACUCACUACUCGUACAACACUACUUAUUUAUUUACUUCUUCUUUCAGUUGUUCUACCCACUUCACCAAUAAUCUGGAUUUUUCUGAAAUUUCUGAAUCUUUCUUCUCCUCAUUUUUCUCUCAAACUUCACCAAAUUUUUCCCAUUACAACAAUGGUGGGACCCGCCAGACCCCAGUUCGUGCUGUUCGGAUCAUCGAUUGUUCAAUACAGCUUUAGUAAUGGCGGUUGGGGUGCCACUCUUGCUGAUAUUUAUGCUCGCAAGGCAGACAUUUUUGUGCGAGGAUAUACUUGCUGGAACUCUCGUCGUGCACUGGAGGUCCUUGAUCAAGUCUUUCCAAAGGAUGCUAGUACUCAACCUUCAUUGGUGAUAGUGUACUUCGGAGGUAAUGAUUCGAUGGGCAGCCACCCAUCAGGCCUUGGCCCUCAUGUGCCGCUUUCAGAAUACGUUGAGAACAUGAGAAAGAUUGCUACUCAUAUUAAGGGUCUUUCAGAUACGACACGGAUUAUUUUCCUUAGUAGUCCUCCAGUGAAUGAAGACCAUAUUCGAGAAAACAGAAGUAUAUAUCUAUCAGAGUUACAUCGAUCAAAUGAACAAUGUCAAAGAUAUUCUGAAGCUCUGAUAGAGCUAUGCAGGGAAAUGGAUUUGAAAGUGAUUGAUCUUUACUCUGCAAUCCAGAAGAGGGAGGACUGGUUGACAGCUUGUUUUACAGAUGGGAUACAUUUCUCUGCCGAAGGAAGCAAUAUAUUGGUAGAAGAGAUACUGAAGGUGCUCAAGGAAGCAGACUGGGAGCCGAAUUUGCAUUGGAAAUCCAUGCCAACUGAAUUUGCUGAAGACUCCCCAUACUAUAUGGUUUCUAUUGAUGGGACUAAGGCAUUAAACGGGUCAGACUGGACAUUUCACCGGAAAAUUCAGUGGGACUGAACUGUUUAAGGAUUUUUCUGCUGCCUCUUCUAAGUAUACAUCCUUUUCAGGAUCGAGUAUCAGCAGAAGUGGCUGCUUUAGCUUGGAGAUAAUAGUUGGAUAAAUGGCCUAAUACUGGCUCAUAUUUACCUCGAUCAUAAUUUUAUUAUAUACAGUGAACAAAAAAUUAUUUGUCGUCGGGGCCUCUAUAUCGUAGUAUAAUUGUGGCUUAUGUAGUUUUACUGCUUUCAUUACAGUUAUCUUGUUCUUAGUUGAUUGUAGAGAUCCACUCUCAUCUUCUGUGGAAUCAUCGGAAUAAAUAUUUGCUUAUUCUGUAA